CACAAUCUUUUCGUCUGCUUUUUUUUUUCACAAUAAAGGUAUUGCAAUGGAUUCUCAAAUAUCGCCUACGCCUUUUAUUGCCCAGCAGUAUACAAAUGAUAAGAAGAUCCAUGUGCUACUGGCAGCCGCUACCAUUAAGCUGCCCAACAUUGCGGAGGCGCUAUGUCGUAAUAAAAACAUCUCAGUCCGUAUACUAGUCAGCGAGCCAGCGGAGAAGUUGCUUGUCGGACAAAGCUUGGAGCAACCGGUCCUCGACACUGUGCUUCAAAUAGAUGGCGUGGACGCUAUGUACGGGGACGAAGAUGAAUGGUCUCCGUCGUGGACGCGUGGAGGACCAGUCCUGCAUAUUGAGCUGCGAAAAUGGGCGCAUAUUCUACUGAUUGCCCCAAUGUCUGCAAAUACCAUGGCGAAAAUGGCCAAUGGGAUUGCCGACAACCUGCUUCUCUCGGUCAUCAGAGCCUGGGAUACGACUGGUGUAGUGGAUUCAGGAUUCAAGACUCAGAAACCUAUGAUCUUUGUGGCCUUGGAUAUGGACACAUGUAUGUACCGACAUCCAGUGACCGAGAAGCAGCUUAAAGUUAUACGUGAUCAGUGGGGAUGGAGUGAAUCAAACCCAGAAGGCUGGGUGACUGUGCUACCUCCCAUAGAGAAGAGCCCGGCCUGUGGAGAUGUCGGCACCGGAAGCAUGAUGGACUGGAGAGAUAUCGUCACUGUCAUCCAAAAAUACGUGGCGGGAUCGGUGCAAAAGCCGUGAAGAAAGGG